GCAGGGGGUGGAGAGUAGCACUGGAUAGCAGCAGUGGUCCAGCCCCUCUGAUUCUGAAAAGCAUCACCGGAGCCUCUGGAUAAAGACCAGCCUCAUAUCAGGGCUAGGAGAGAGGAUUUCUGCUCAAUACUAAGACAUGGUAUGCAGCAGGGGGUUCUGCUCAGCUGCCACCCUGCUAGCAGCAUCCUGCUGCUUCUGCAGCUCCCUGUGCAGGAGUUACCGCUGCCAUUCAAACGGCGCAAAACGAACGUUUCAAGCAGUUCUGCUUCUUUGAGGCUCGGAAGAAAACUGGGUGAAGGGAGAGGAGGGUUUGUCGGAGAAGAGCCUCCUUCUGUCGCAGUCUGUCACCGCUCACGCCGGGCUGGGCAGCCCUGGGCUCUGCCGCUGCCUCUGGGACCCCUCCUGUCGGGAUGCUGCAAAAACAGAUGUGAGGAAGCAUCAGCAUGGAGCUCAAGAGGGGGAAGACCUUCAUAAAAUCCAGUGUGCAGCACGAGAAAGUGCCAGCAGCACACACUGCUUCUACAAACAGAGAUGACAUGGGCAAGGACAAAAGGGCGGCUCUGGAGGGAAACCAAAGCGUAGCUCAAGUCCAGUUGGCAUGUUUGGCCACACACAAGAACUACAGAUUUUCCAGCAGAGCAGCAAGGAGCGGAGCUGGUGAGAACAGCCUGGAAAAGCCUCCUGGGACCUCCUACAAACUUGUGAGGAAGAGUAAAACCCACGACUGCUUUAGUGAGGCUGACAAAAGCGAGCAGUGCAGCCCCAGCAGCAGGGCUUGUGAAGAAGGGUUUGCUGCCAAGGGCAAGGGGCGACUUGUCAAUAGCAUCAGCUUUUCGGGUAUGUCCAGUUCCACCAGUAAGAAAGAGUGUGUGGUCAACCCCAGCCCACCCGCCUGCAGCAGCCAGAUAAUCGAUUACAGGAACUUUGUGCCACAGAUGCCUUUUGUACCAGCUGUUGCAAAAACUAUUCCCAGGAAGAGGAUAUCGCUCAAGCGAUCGAAGAAAGGGCUCCGAGAUAUAUUUCAUAUAAAGAAAAGUAAACCAGAGAGCCUUACGUUCCUGGUUGAGAAGGACAAGAAUCUGUCCUUUCCAGGCUGCAAGAGUGAGGUGCCUGGGCUUCUCACCAAGUCCCUUUUCAAAACUGGAGAAACAUUUGCUGCUGACUGUUUGUCCCAAGACUGCUCUGACAAUGAGCUGCAGUCCGACUCUUCCUAUGACUGCUGCAAUGCUCUGUGUGAAGACGUUGCAUCACUGAAGAGCUUUGACUCUCUCACUGGCUGUGGGGAAAUCUUUGCUGACGAGAGCUCUGCUCACCUGGAGCUGGAGAGCAGCAAAGAAGUCCUGGUGAGACAGAGCAAGCACAAGGAGAGCCCUGUCAUGGGUUCCUUCCAGGGCGGUGUAGAGCAGCUGGCCUCCCCCGGCCAGAAUGAGGCCGUUGAAUUUGCAAAAUUUUGGGACAACAUUAACAAAUCAGUGAGGCUGCAUCAGAGCAUGUUGUUUGAUAAGAAGGUACUGAAGGUUCCCAGUUCUGACAGGGAAAAAGCUGGAGGCUGCACUGCUGUGCCCGCCACAAGCCCCCUGACACCGCCUGAUAGAGAUGGAGACAAUUCCAAAGAGAGCUUGACAGAAACUGGAACACCAAAAAGUGACAACCAGGAAUCCAUAUCCACAAGUGAUGAAGGCUACUAUGAUUCAUUCUCUCCUGGACAAGACGACGAAGUGAAGGAAGCUCAGACCCCUGGGGUCCCAGGUAGAUUUCCAAGAGACAGCUACAGUGGAGAUGCCCUAUAUGAGCUCUUCUAUGACCCAAAUGAAGUCAAAAUAAACCCGGUCAUGGAUGAUGACUUGUGUACAUCUGAAAGUAUUUCAGAACAAGCCAUUGAAAUCCCCUUGUCCAUCUACAGCUUUCAUGUUGGAGCUGAAGAAAACAUGGCUUCCCAGCCAGGUAUAGACAUUAUCAGCCAAGGGUUUUUUCACAGCACAUGGAAAGGCAAAGAAUGCUUGCUAAAGCUCUGUGAUACUGAGCUUUCACUAACUAUGGGGAUAAUAAACUGGCUGCGAAAACAUGCAGGGCUUGUUUCCUCCACAGGCUCUCUGCAGAGUUCCAGAUCACAGCCAGAAAAGUGUAAUGACUCACUGAUCACUCACAGCCCCAGUCCAGAACAGGAAGUUAGCAAAGAGGCUCAGCAGGAGAAAAAGAGCGAGCAAGAAUCUAAUUCAUCUCACCUAAGGGUGUUUCUGGAUGAAGGCAAGGUUGCAACCCAGACCUCUUCUGAAAAUGUUGCUGAAAGAGACUCUUGCACUCACACAGCUAAUGUGACUUUCAAAGGAAGGACUGGGAGCCAACACCAGGACUCACCUACAAUGCCUGGUGCUGUGGGAACCACCAGAACAUCGAACUGUGAACCACAGUCACAGGCUAAUGGGGGCAACACACAGCCAUCUUCGACUGAGAAUGAGAAGGUGACCAUGUCAGAGGGAUGCCAGACAUCUGGAGGUGAAAACCCACUGACAGAAACAUUGAGCAGACACAGUGGCUCACAGAGCUCUGAAAACCCUUUCCUAAAUGACAAUCAUGAUGUAGAGUCUUGUUAUUCCUACAAGACUGCUGCGACCUCACCCCUCGAUCCCCUGGAGAGGGAGGACAGAAGUGAAGCAGUGUACAACUCCCUGUCCAUCUGCGAUGAACUGCUGCAGCCCCUUGGGCUUGGACACUUCCAGGGCUACAUCAGCCCCACACCGCGGGAGAGCAGCACCGGCAUAGUGCAGCUCUUGGAGCACUGCGUGACACAAGUGGCAUCGUUACAAAUCAGCUAUGACAACAAGCACCUGGAAGACAACCGUAUUGGGAAUGACAUGAAUGAUAUUAUCUGUAAGAUGUGUCAGUACAAAAACAAACAAUUGUUGCAAAAUGAAUGCAACUGCACUGACCAAAAGGCAGAAUAUUGCAGUAUUCCCUGCACAAAUCAAUACAAUUAUGAAACGGGCUUCCAAGCCAGCAGUCUGUAUCAUCUGAAACAAAACAGGGAUCAGAUUUGCUCUGAAGAUCAGAAAAGCAGAGCAAAGAUCCUAGAUGAAGUCACUAGGGGCAAGAUCAAUUUUGAAUACGCCCAACUAAAUAACAAAGCACUCUCCUGUUUAAAAGACUUCACGUUUGAGCUCAGUGCAGGUGAUCCAGCUCCCGCAGCUCUCAGCAGGCCCACAUUCCUACCUCUUCCCGGUGCUCCCGCUGCCUCACCAGCCGCUCACAGCCUGCCCAUUGCCCCACAGCCCUGGGGAGCUGAGCAGGGCAGCCUGGGGCCCUGGAGCUGCAUGGCAGGAGGGGCUGCCCUGUGCCCCUGCCCCGAGGCAGGAGCCCCAGACAGUGCUGUGACAGGGAGCAGCCACCCGUAGCACACCAUGCUGAGAAGGUGAUUGCUGAAGAACCCACUUGUAGAUAUGGAUGCAGCCCACCUCUACAUAUGGUACUGCAUGACAAAAUAACAAGGAUGUUACAUUGAUGCUGAACUCAACAGGACUGUUCUCUAGAAAUCCCACCAGUGUGACAGCAGCUGGUGGUACCAGCCUGUCUAAGCAGUUAGUGCUUCCUGACAACUUCAUGACCUUGAAACCACGUUUGCAGAUGGAUGUUAACUAAUACUCUUCUUAAAACAAACAAAAAGAACAGCAGGAUUUUGGAGGAAGAAGUAAUGCCAUGACAAGGAGGUUUAAGAAAAACAGUGUAUUUCUGUCAUAUUUUGACACAUGACAACAGAAGAUGUCACUGUAUUUUAAUACACAGAUAUAUGCAGAAUGAUCAUUCACUUGAGAAUUCAUUUUGAGGUUGUACUGAACAUUGUCCCCUACGCCAGUGACCCCUUUCUGCUGUUCCUUCUAAAAGCAGAGUUUGGGUACUCCAGACAAAGACUAGUGAUGUGAACUUAGCAAAAAAAGUUUACAGUAAUUCUUCUGUUCCACUUAAAAUAUUGAGUUGUUUUAAGUUGGUUGGAGUGUUUUAUGAACAGAUACUGUAAAUUCUUAUGAUGAGCAGGAAAUGCACAGGGUGUGUGAUAGGGAUUUUUAAGAGAGAACAAUGAUACAUACUUUGAAUUUUACAUAAUAGAAAGGAUAUAGAGCAGUGGGACUUUUGGAGGAUAAAAUAUACAUGUGUACUCCUUAUGUAUAUGCACCUAAAAUGAGGAUUCAUGCAUAGUUGUUGAGGUCAAGAAUAGGGAAGAAAUGGGAGGCACGUAUUGUUUAGAAAAAUCUGAGUAGCAGAUUAAUAAAGUUUACCAUACAUAUAUGAAUAUGAAAUUAUGAUGGUAUGCUAUGUUUAACAUAUUUUGUUAACUAUUUUUCAUAUAUCACGUUUGAUGUAUAUAUGCAUUCUGUAUUAUAUUAUAGUUACCGUGUGUAUUUUGGUUACAUUAUGUAUUAAAGUCACUUGGAUUCUA